CAACACUCACAUCAUGUCAGCCAUGUCGUGGAUCGUCCUGUUCAUCUACUCACUCGCUACCUCACCCACAGCCAUCCUGGGGCAGGGCAGCGAGCCAGCUUUGACGGAGAGUUUACAAUCGAUCUAUGAUUUUAUUGUAGUGGGUGCCGGGUCAGCAGGAUGUGUUGUGGCAGGUCGUCUGUCAGAAGACAGGGGCGUCACCGUGUUGUUGGUAGAAGCUGGUGGAGACGACAGGGGGAACCCUUUACUGACCACCCCAGCGCUGGCUGCACUCAACAUAGGGUCCAGUGUAGACUGGGGCUACGUUACAGAACCACAGCCUGGCAUCAUGGGAGGAUUGAUUGGUGGGCGUUCGUACUGGCCUCGUGGUAAAGUCCUAGGCGGUACUGGCAGCAUCAACGGCAUGCAGAUAACUCGAGGCUCCAGACACGACUUUGACAGGUGGGCCAGGUACGUCAGAGAUAACAGCUGGGACUACAACCAUGUCUUACCUUACUUCAAGAAGAUGGAGGACAUGCUGGUGCCGGAACUCAGGAACUCAGAGUACCACGGACAAAAUGGACCAAUCCCCAUCCAGCAUGCCGACCCUCAGCCAAUCGUAGCCAAGCUGUUGGAAGCUGGACAAGAAGUUGGAUACAACCUGAAUGAAGACUACAAUGGGGCGACCAUGGAUGGAAUUACCAGGACACAAAACAACAUCAAAUUUGGCCAGAGAUGGUCAACAGCCAGAGCUUACAUCCACCCAGCGUUAAACAGGACAAACCUGCACGUCUCGCUCAACUCGACUGUCACCAAAGUACUGAUCCACGAUGAUACGGUCAGCGGUGUUGUGUUCACCAAGAACGGCAAAACCUACACUAUACAAGCUAGACGGGAGGUCAUCCUAUCUGCCGGGGUCAUCGGCUCUUCACAGAUUCUCAUGUUGUCUGGGGUCGGCCCUCGGAAACAGCUGGAAGAUUUACAGAUAAACGUGGUCAAAGAUCUACCAGUGGGUGAGAACCUCCAGGAUCACGUGGCUUUUGAUGUAGGUGUCAAGAUUGACCAGCCCUUGACCAUCUCUAGAGGUCAAUUAAUGGAUGUUACCACAUUGAUGCAGUAUGUUCUCAACGGCACAGGUCCAUAUGCUACAAACAUGGCCGAAGUUUUUGCCUUUAAGUCAACAACUAAUGCCCAAAACUCACCAAACCUUCAGCUUGAGUUUGUUGUUUUCCUACCGAAAGCCUCCGAAUUCGCUUUUGGUUACUCACCAGAGGUUUUAGCUCAGCUGUCUAAAAGAGACGAGACACAAUAUGGGAUGCUGUGUCAUGCAACUGUAAUCCGACCAAAAUGUCAGGGGAGGAUAACUCUGAGGUCUAAAGAUCCUUUCGAUAAACCAAUUAUCUACGCUUAUUACCUGUGUAAUAAGAAUGAUAUUGAUAUAUUGAUUGAAGGUAUCAGAGAGUGUGAAAAGAUUGUCAACACCAGCACCAUGCAGGCUAUCGGGGCUGAGUUGACUGACGACACGCCCGUCUCCCAGUGUUCCCAGUUCACGUUCAGAUCUCGCGAGUACAUGGAGUGUCUGGUCAAGCUGAGGCCACUCAGCAACUAUCACCCCGUGGGGACCUGCAAGAUGGGACCUAGAGGUGACCCUACGGCCGUGGUGGACACCCAGCUCAGAGUGUACGGAGUGAGUCGACUUCGUGUGGUGGACGCCUCUGUCAUGCCAGACAUUGUGUCAGGGAACCCAAACGCAGCCAUCAUCAUGAUUGCCGAGAAAGCAUCAGAUCUCAUUACCAAGACUGGGCUAUAGGUUUUAUACAUUUAAAAUGCUUGUAUUAAAACAAUUUAAACAUCAUGUCUUUCAAAUAUGUAACUGAUAUUUUAAUUCAUAACAUAUGAUAACAUAUGAUUUUAAUUCAUAACAUAUGAGCAAUUAUAUGAGAAUUAGCAUACAUCUGAAGUAUAACUUUUCAGAAAAUUAAAUAUUUCUGUGCGAUUGUUGUUUAUUUUCAAAAUUUGAAACGCAUUUCUA